UCCUCCAUCUUCGAUUCUCCUACUACUUACUCCCCGCACAACUUUAGCACCCCAUGGAUCCGCAGGGUGACCUAAAUAUCACUAACUUUGAUGGUGUGUAUCCUGAUACUCAAGCACCUCUCAGUCUCCUGUCAGCUCUGCUGCAGGGGGACAAUACCAAUCAAAAUUUUGUGACAUCAGAUGACCACACAGCAUCCCUUUCUGGAUAUACGCAACAUGCACCACUCGAUAUCUGCCCUCUCAAUGAAGAGGUGGUACUCCCCGAGAUGCAGAUGAACGAAUUUCUGGAUGAUGGGUCGUCCUACAGCUUUUAUGAUACCCAUGAUAUUGGAACCUGGAAUGUAACAGAGUUUCAGAAGCCGCCAUAUACCGCUGGCUAUGAUGGACAAUUACAACAGUCACCUAGUGUAACAUCCACGCAGAACCUGAGUUUCUUUGAGCCCGACAUGGCUUCACGAGAUUUUGAUAGCUUGAAUGCCAGUCUACCUUGCAGCAGAAGUAACAGCUACAGCCGAUUAACUGGAAGUUCAUUAUCAACGCCCCCAUCCAUCUCGUCAGACUGCGGCAUGGAUCCGAUGCAGAGAUGGCGUGAGAGUCCUCCAGAAACUGAAGCAGCAUCUUUGUCAGCUAUAGCGGAUGCCUUGCGUACAGUGUCUACUAAUAGGGCUGUUCGUUCGAGCUCAGGCGGAAGAGCGGAAUCCGUCGCAAGCCUUCAGAGCGGCACUAGUCGCUCGUCAAGCUCAAUUGCAUCGACCAGAUCGUCGAGAUCAGUCAGCCGCCGAAGCCCAGUACCCAAGUUCAGAGGCCGAGUGAGAAAGACACGCAAUGAUGCUGCCAUACAGAAAAGCGAUACUCGGAUAUUCCAUUGUACUUUCUGUUGCGAUUCAUUCAGACGGAAGCAUGAUUGGACUCGCCACGAAAAAUCACUCCACUUGAACGUUGAUCAAUGGGCUUGUGCCCCAUAUGGCGGUUCAGUAUUGUCCGCGACAGGGAGAAACCAAUGUGCUUAUUGCAAUUUGGUUGAUCCGACUGACGAUCACCUUGAGAGCCAUAACCAUAGCGCUUGUCAUAGCACUCAAGAACCGCGUUUCUUUAGACGCAAAGACCACCUUGUACAGCACCUUCGAGGAUUUCAUAAUCUUAAGGUUUUACCAACCAUUGAAGACUGGAAGGUGGAACCCCCUCUAGUCACCUCUCGGUGUGGUUUCUGCGAUGAAAAACUACCUUCAUGGCAGGCACGUGCCGAUCAUUUGGCGAGUCAUUUCCGGCAGGGCUUGACCAUGAGCGACUGGAAAGGCGACCAUUGCUUUGAGCCAUCCAUUGCGGCUCAAAUUAAGAAUGGAUUCCCCCCUUAUCUUCUGGCGUCUGAAGCUAAAAGCAUGGUGCCGUUCUCUGCGACCGACCCGGCGACACUGGAUCAUUUGUCACAGAUCUAUCAACGGAAUGGAGAGAUAUACUCAGAACAGCAAUUAGAUGCAGUCGACUCGGAGGGCGAUCCGUUAUUCGACCUCACACCUACAUCUUAUCUGAGAUGGGUGACUUUCCGCCUAGGGCGUUUCGCACAACAAAGUAUCGCAAAUGGCAUCUUUCCUACCGAUAAGAUGUUCCAAGAUGAAUCCAGGCGGCUGGUAUAUGGAGAUAAAGAUGCAUGGGAGCAAACAGUAGCGGAUAAUAACGAGUGGUUGACAGCCUUUCGGAGACAGUGCCUUCCACAGAUUUAAAUGGUAAAUGAUUGACGCUCUCCAGUGCAGCUCCACCCAAGGACUUUUAUACUUAGCUUUCGCUUUCCAACUAGCCUAGAAUAUCGCCGUUUGU